CGGACAGUGCGCUCGGAGCCACGCCCCGUCCCCGCUGCAUGGAUGUUUCAGUCAAGCAUCUCCAGCAGUGACCACAGGAAGGAUUUGACCUCGCUGCGACAGAGGACGACACGCACAUCUCCUUUCAGCUACUGGGGAAAUAUCUAGAAUUAUUAAACUUAAGUGACCAAUGGCGAACCGAGGACCCAGUUAUGGACUGAGCCGUGAGGUGCAGGAGAAGAUCGAGCAGAAAUAUGACACAGAGCUGGAAUCGCGACUGGUGGACUGGAUUGUUGCUCAGUGCGGAGGAAAUGUUGAAAAACCACAGCCAGGGAGACAAAACUUUCAGAACUGGCUAAUGGAUGGCACUAUCCUCUGUAGACUCAUUAACAGUUUGUAUCCGCGUGGUAAGGAGCCUAUUACGAAGAUCCCAGAGACACAGAUGGCCUUUAAGCAGAUGGAAAAGAUCUCCCAGUUCCUUCAGGCAACUGAAGCCUAUGGAGUAAUCACCACAGACAUUUUUCAGACAGUGGACUUGUGGGAAGGAAAAGACAUGGCAGCCGUCCAGAGAACUCUAAUGUCGCUGGGUAGCGUGGCUGUCACAAAAGACGAUGGACAUUACCGAGGUAACCGGGACUGGUUUCACAGGAAAUCUCAAGGCAACCGUCGAGAGUUUUCUGAGGAGCAGAUGCGGCAGGGUCAGAAUCUGAUUGGCUUACAGAUGGGCAGUAACCGUGGGGCAUCUCAGGCUGGCAUGACGGGUUACGGCAUGCAUCGGCAGAUUAUGUGAAGCUAUACGAGUGCCAAGCAACCUGCAUAAACACCCAAAAAACCUUAACCCCCUCCCCCUCACCCCCUCACCUCAGCCCUUACCAAGCAGUGUUCUUUGAUGGUGGCAUCUAUUUGAUGAAGAUGAGCAGUCUUAAGGGGUUUUAAGACAUUAGAGCAUGCUAGAUAUAUUUAUUUUAUGUUUGGUUUGCUCAGCCUGUGAUAAUGUAUUUAUUUAAUGUAUGCAAAUAGUGAUAGUGAUUCUUAAAGUUUUAUCUAAGCAAGUCAAAACAACUGCCUUAUUCUCUAUGAGCAAACAGUGUGUUGAUAUACCAAAUAACAGACAGCAACUGUAACAGUUUACUAGUUUACAUAGUGUUUGAAUGAACAGUAAAGGACAAAAGUUUGCCCUUGCGGAUACUGUAUUGCACCUGUUGAUAUUGUGAUCUGCCCUUUUGCUGUUGGAAAAAUGGAAAAAACAAGAACAAUUAAGAAUGUCAAUUCACAUACUAACCAGAAGUACUGUAUACAGAUUAAUAAUAGUCAAUAAAUGUAUAAAUAUAUUUGUUUGUGUUGUCCAUUGUUGUGUGUGAACAUUCCAUGUCAGUUUCAUAAGUUUGGUUUUCGUGACCAUGUUUGAUCCAAAUGUUUAAUAAAUUGGUACCUUAACAUGA